AUGGCUGCCCCCUUGACCCGAACAUCUUGGACCGUUUUAAGAAGAAAUCACUUCCAGUAUAAACAAUUCUUAACAGUUUCAUGCGUGAAUCGUUUUUCGCAAUAUAAAUGUUCGCAUCAACAAGAUAAAAAAUUUCGAACUUCUGAAAAAACAGUUAGAAAUGUCUUGUUUUAUACCAUUUUCUUUUCUGGUUUUGGUUAUGUUUUGUAUAAAUGGAAGGACGAUUGUCAAAACCGAUUUAGCAACUUGAUAAAAUCUAUGUUCACAAUAUAUGCUAAACCAGUUUCUUGGGAUGGAGGUAAUAAUAGAAAUAAAUAUAAUUUUAUAGCCGAUGUGGUAGAAAAGUCAGCACCUGCAGUAGUGUACAUAGAAAUUCAAAAUAACAGAAGAUUUGAUUUUCAAACAGGUAAACCAUUCAAUAUAAGCAAUGGAUCUGGUUUUAUUGUCGAAUCAGAUGGUUUAAUAUUGACAAAUGCUCAUGUUGUUACUGCUAAACCCCAUACAACUGUCAAGGUACGUCUUUAUGAUGGAAGUGUUUAUACUGGUACUGUGGAGGACAUUGACGUGCAUAGUGACCUUGCAACUGUACGAAUUAACAAGACAAAUUUACCAGUAAUGAAACUUGGUUCUUCUUCAAAUCUUAGACCUGGAGAAUUUGUGGUUGCUAUUGGAUCUCCAUUAGCUUUAAGUAACACAAUAACAAGUGGUGUAAUAAGUAGUGUAAAUAGACAUAGCCAAGAACUUGGUCUUCUUAAUAAACAGAUGGCUUACAUUCAAACAGAUGCUGCAAUCACUUUUGGAAAUUCAGGUGGUCCAUUAGUUAAUUUGGAUGCAGAAGCAAUUGGUAUAAAUGCAAUGAAAGUGACAAGUGGUAUUUCUUUUGCUAUACCUAUAGAUUAUGCCAAAGAUUUUUUAAGAAAAGCAGAAUUACGCAGAAAAAACAAAGGUACACAAUUCGCAAUGGAAAAAACAAAAACUCAAUAUAUCGGAAUCACAAUGCUAACGCUUACACCGGAUCUUUUUUACGAAUUGCAAAAAAAAUUAAAAGGAAUUCCACAUAACAUAAGAUAUGGUGUUCUUGUUUAUAAAGUGAUCGUAGGAUCGCCAGCACAUCUAGGAGGUUUACAAGCUGGCGAUAUCAUAACACAAGUCAAUGAUGAACCAGUGGUAUCAUCCGCUAGUAUUUACAAAGCCAUAGAAGCAGCAAAAAUCUUAAGAAUGACUGUGAUCAGAGGUUUAGAAGUAUUACAUCUGCGAAUUGAACCAGAAGAAAUUUAAAUCACAUUUCUAAUAGUAUAAUUCAUUUCGACAUUGAAAUUAUAAUUUAAAUAUCUAUCCUUUCUAAAUUUAUCAUUAAUAUUUUAUGUACAAUUGGCAUUUUUAUUUUAAUUUUUUUAAUUACAUAACGCAAUAAUACUAUACAAAAUAUUGUGUUAUGUUUCGCCUAUUUAAAAAAAGAAUCAUCUAGAAAGAUUUAUUUAAGUCAUCGACAUUUUCGGUCGUCUUUUUUUUUCGUUCAUUCCAUUAUUUUAUUUAAUUAUUACCAAAACUGAUAUCGAGAUAUUUGUGGGAUAUAUAUAUAUAUAUAUAUAUAUAUAUAUUAUGUGUGUACAUCGAGUGUGGUACGACUGCAUUAUGUUUAUGUUGUUUACGACAUGUGGCGAUCUCCGCAAAUAUGUGACCGGAUCUCUGAGAGCGUAGGCGUGGUCCGAGUGGUUUCCAACAUUUUUUCCGAAAAUGCUACACUGACUGCGGUAUCUUGGAAUUCUAAACUACGUUUGCACUACGUAAUAACUCAUAUAACAGUUACAAUAUAAUGUAAAAGAUUUAAAUUUAAUUUUCGUUUAUAAAAAAUAGAAUGCUAAUAUCAUUUUUUUAAUUAAAAUUUUAUGAUACAAUUGUACAAAGAAUAUCAAUGAUUUGACAAAAUAAAUUGAGAGAUAUAUUUCUUCUAUA